AGACACAGACGGACAGAUAGACAGCUGACACUACUCUGGGAUAUACUGAACAUAUACUGAACAUAUACUGAACGACAGAGCGGAAAAGGAGAAGGAAGAGGAAACAACCAGAAACUAAAGCACUGUCCCACCAUAUUGACCUGACUGAGGAUAGAGAGAGAGGGGAUGACAAGAUAACAAAACAACCACAACGAGAGAGGGGGAUGAGACAAGAAGAGAAAACACGGAAUCUACUUUGUUUGGAUCAGAGGGACAAUAUCCUUUCCGAGCUUCAACGGCAGAGAGCACAGAGCAAUUUCCUUGGUGUCAGGUUCUGGUGUGGUUGCUGUUAGGGACUUGGAGGUUCCAUGCUACUUCAGUGCCAUUGACAGUGCCAGGGCCCACGGUGUGGUAGUGGUAGCAUUGACUGGCUAAUUGCAGACAGAAGGCAGAGGACUUUGUAGCAAUCUGGGGAUGACACCGCUGUUCUCCUCAAUCAGACAGUGUUCAGCGAGGUGUGUGCUGCAGUCCGGUUACCCUCAGUAAGUUACACUCUCUCCGGGCCGGGCCCUCGCCGCUGCUGCAUUAGGAGCCGCCAAUCAGAACCAACAACCAACUCCACACGGACCGCAGCAGCUGAACUGAGCUCACUGACGGAGCGGGCAGUGAACACGAGACUCAACACAGGGACUGAACACAGUGACUGGAAGCAGCCGUGUGCAGCAGAGAGAGACAUUGUGAUCCUGUAUAAACAUACAGAGGGAGGACAUACGUACAUGUUACAUCUCUACAGUGGGACGGAUAGAGAGAGAGAGAUGUAGCCUAUAGAGUAAUGCUAUACGUGUGAUCCUGUAGGGUGUUUAUAUCACACAGGGAGACUGUAGUCAUUUGUAAAGCAGUUACCAUCACAGUUGGAGACGGUGAUGUGUGAUAUCGAACCGUGGGAGACAAUUUAGCUGAUGACGUGUUUGUGUUGUCAAAAGUAUCAUGUGUGGGGAUGGAGCCCCGAGUUGAGAGAUAUGGGGACAGAAACAGUAUAAUGACUUGUUUCAGAUGGUUUACUCCGAUGAGUCUGUCUGGCUGAUGGAGAGUAAAGAUAUUGGUUUGUUUGGUGUUGGGAUUCUGGUCUGUGGUUUGGCCAUUUGAGUUGUUUAAGCCUGUUGGUUUGUAUCAUUGCUUUGCUCCAUUGAUUUGAUGUUUAGUUAUGUAGUCCUACAUAGCAGAGCAGCUCGGUUGGCAGUAAUUGUGUGCUGAUAGUUCGUAGCAACGUUGUAAGACAUUCUAGAUCGACGCUGUGGUGAUGUUAGAUCGGUGGUGUUUUAUCAAAAGACUGCAGCUCUGAAGAAUCGUGCGUGUUGUGUACUGGUAAAACCCUGGCUUUGUUGUGUGUCACUGCAGACCUCGUUGUGCUCUGCUCUGCUCUGCUGUGUUGUACGGCGCCUGUGUCCUGUGUCACAGAGGAAGCAUUGAUCAGACAGCUACUGAGGCUCAAUACACAAUGAGGCCUGGCCCGAGAUCUCUCCUCCUCCCCACCCCCCUCUCCCUCUCCCUGCGUGCCCUGCUCCUGCUCUGCCUUACGCCGCGUUGCCAAGCGGUGCAGGCUGAGAAUGUGACAGUGUUGGAGGGAGGCACGGCCCAGAUCUCCUGUCGUCUGCAGAACUAUGACGGCUCCAUCGUGGUCAUCCAGAACCCUCGCAGACAGACCCUCUUCUUCAACGGCACACGAGCGUUGAAGGACGACCGUUUCCAGAUGGUUCUCUUCACUCCCCGUCUGGUGCGCAUCACCCUCACCAACGUGAGCGUGUCGGACGAGGGCGGCUACUUCUGCCAGCUCUACACCGACGACACCCACCACCAAGUGGCCACUCUGUCCGUGUCCGUCCCUCCCGACACCCCCACGGUGGAGGUGAGGCAGGAGGCCGUGGAGGGGGGCGAGGUGGAGCUCACCUGCCUGUCGCCGCGCAGCAAGCCCCCCGCCACGCUGCGUUGGAUCAGGGACCGCCGGGAGAUACCAGGUGUGGUGUCCCAGCAGGAAAAUGGGAAGACAGUGAGUGUGUCCAGCACCAUCCGUCUCCCUGUGGAGAGAAAAGACAACGGGGCAGCGGUCAGCUGUGAGGCAUCCCACCCCGCCCUGGGGGGGCAGAAGAGGGUCCGCCACUACCGCCUCGACGUCCACUUUGCCCCCACAGUGAGGAUCAUCCCUCCCCCUGGCAUCCUCCGAGAGGGAGACUCUCUCAGCCUCACCUGCUCCAUCACUGGAAACCCACUGCCUAGAGAUGUCCAGUGGACUAGGAUUAAUGACACCUUACCUGAGAGGGCGGAGAUCUCUGGCCCCACCCUCCAAGUGUCCCGUCUCAGCCAAUCACACAACGGGACCUACCUGUGUCAGGCGCAGAACAACUACGGCCGUGCCGCCGACCACUACACGCUGCUGGUGUACGAGAAUGUGUCUGUCACUACCAUGGUACUUCCCACCUCCCAUCAUGCCACCUCCCACCCAACCACCCUCCUCCUAACCCCCAGCUACGCACCGGACCCCCGAGACCCCGGGGCAGUGAUUGAGACCCACAGUGCAGUACCGUACGCUGUGAUAGGGGGCGUUCUGGCUCUGCUGGUCUUCACCGUCAUCUGUGUUCUCAUCGUCACCGUCUGGUGCUCUGUCCGACAGAAAGGUUCAUAUCUUACCCAUGAGGCCAGUGGGUUGGACGAGCACGGGGAGGUCCAGGAGGCUUUCCUCAACGGGAAUGAUGCCAGUCAGGGCAAGAAGGAGUACCUACUGUAGCCUCCAUCCCCAAAACCCACACCCCUCCCCCAACACGCCAUGACGGGUGGCCUUCUGAGUCGACUGUAAUACUACUGCACACAGACCACAUUACAGACCACAACACAGACCACAACACAGACCACAACAGGGACCGAAAGAGAGACGAUCCGUCCAGCCCUUACAUUACAACUGUGCCAUACUGUAGGUGUACUGGAGGAAGGAGCGAGGGAGGAUGACAGAGAUAGGGGAAAGUGAUAAUAGGGUCAUUAUUUUGAUAGAGCGAAGAGAUAACAAGAAAGAGAGCCUCAGCACUUUCCUCCCCUGUGGUAAUUGGAGAGGGAGGGAGAGAGAGAGAGAGGAAAGAGAAAAAAAUUCAAUUUCCAAAAUGUUCAAUCCAUAACUGGCACAGACAAACAGGUGGGGUGGGUAUGAUUUCCAGAAACUAUUGAGUUUGAAUGCUCAAUUUGAUUACUUGAAAUUGCCAAAGCACAUCAGCCUACAGAGAGCAGCUCAUCUAUAAUUAUUUGACAACAUUGCAGAGUGUUACCCUGAAAGUCUCUUAAAGUAUUUCUGAACUAUUCAGUCAAUUCUGCAGACGGCCCAGGUAUUGUAUUUGCCGUCCGUUCUAGGGAGUCUGCCAAUGUUUUCUGGGUAAUUUAGAAACCUUCCCGUUAUGAAUGACUGCUUUCCUCGCAGAACAGAACUGUUGUUUCUCUUCUUUGAAUUGUCUCUCUCUUUCUCCCUCCCUCUCUCUUCACCUCUCUUUCUAGUCCUCUUCUUCCCCCUUGUUCCCUCCCUCCCUCUCUCUUCACCUCUCUUUCUUGUCCUCUUCUUCCCCCUUGUUCCCUCCCUCCCUCUCUCUUCACCUCUCUUUCUAGUCCCCGUCUUCCCCCUUGUUCCCUCCCUCCCUCUCUCUUCACCUCUCUUUCUAGUCCCCGUCUUCCCCCUUGUUCCCUCCCUCUCUCUUCACCUCUCUUUCUAGUCCUCUUCUUCCCCCUUGUUCCCUCCCUCCCUCUCUCUUCACCUCUCUUUCUAGUCCCCGUCUUCCCCCUUGUUCCCUCACUCCCUCUCUCUUCACCUCUCUUUCUAGUCCUCUUCUUCCCCCUUGUUCCCUCCCUCCCUCUCUCUUCACCUCUCUUUCUAGUCCCCGUCUUCCCCCUUGUUCCCUCCCUCCCUCUCUCUUCACCUCUCUUUCUAGUCCCCAUCUUCCCCCUUGUUCCCUCCCUCCCUCUCUCUUCACCUCUCUUUCUAGUCCCCGUCUUCCCCCUUGUUCCCUCCCUCCCUCUCUCUUCACCUCUCUUUCUAGUCCUCUUCUUCCCCCUUGUUCCCUCCCUCCCUCUCUCUUCACCUCUCUUUCUAGUCCCCGUCUUCCCCCUUGUUCCCUCCCUCUCUCUUCACCUCUCUUUCUAGUCCUCUUCUUCCCCCUUGUUCCCUCCCUCCCUCUCUCUUCACCUCUCUUUCUAGUCCUCUUCUUCCCCCUUGUUCCCUCCCUCCCUCUCUCUUCACCUCUCUUUCUAGUCCCCGUCUUCCCCCUUGUUCCCUCCCUCCCUCUCUCUUCACCUCUCUUUCUAGUCCUCUUCUUCCCCCUUGUUCCCUUCCUCCCUCUCUCUUCACCUCUCUUUCUAGUCCCCAUCUUCCCCCUUGUUCCCUCCCUCCCUCUCUCUUCACCUCUCUUUCUAGUCCUCUUCUUCCCCCUUGUUCCCUUCCUCCCUCUCUCUUCACCUCUCUUUCUAGUCCUCUUCUUCCCCCUUGUUCCCUUCCUCCCUCUCUCUUCACCUCUCUUUCUAGUCCCCAUCUUCCCCCUUGUUCCCUCCCUCCCUCUCUCUUCACCUCUCUUUCUAGUCCCCGUCUUCCCCCUUGUUCCCUCUCUCUCUCUCUGUCUUUAUCUCUCCUCUAUUGUUGGCCAAUAAAGAAAGGAUUAGUGCCAGUCUCCUUUCGUGAGUUAGAAGAAAGGGAACAUAAGUCGACGAGACACAUUAAGGAAAAUCAUAAUUAUUUUAAAAUGCCCUUAAAGGGAUAAAAAUGUUACAAUGUCUUAUAGAGAAACAAAACGAGUGAAAGGAAAGUAAUGAAUAAAGAAAAAUACAUGAUGGAUAUUUUUCUGAAUGCCAUGCACACACACACACACACACACACACACACACACACACACGCACACACGCACGCACACAUGCACGCACAACCUCACACACACACGCACGCACACACGUACACGCACACACGCACACACGCACACACACACACAUACAUACAUACAUACAUACAUACAUACAUACAUACAUACAUACAUACAUAUCUCUCAAUUCUUUAUUUGUAUAAAAAUGUAAACAGUAAGAUAACUUAAAUUAAUCUUUUAAGAAAUUGAGAAAAAAACAGUUUACUAUUGAAAGCGUUAUGAAGCUACUAUACUAACACAUUAUUAGCCUCGAGGUACAAAAACAAACUAGUGUCCAGUGAUCAAAACAGAAAAUAUGAAGAAAAAAUUUGUCUUUAUGAAAUACCUGAGGUCUUAUUGAUUUUUUUAUUAAUUCUUGUUAUUAUUUGGACUAUUAUGAUUGUUAUUAUUAUUACUGUUAUGAUUGUUAUUAUUAUUACUGUUAUGAUUAUUGUAAAUGUUAUAACUGUACACCUCCCAUGUUUGUUGUUUUUGGUUCUUCUAUAGAAACUGCUGUCUUUCCACUUCUCUCUGACUCUAUCUCUCGAGUUCUUUCUAUCUUUGUCUCCUGUGUCUAUUUGUCCCUUCUUCUCGUCUUUCACUACUGUUUAUUUUAUAGUCAUGUUGAUAUAGCUAACUUUUUCUUUAUAGGGGAAAAGAUACAAAGCACGACAAAAUAAAAAAAUACUUCAGAAAUAACACAG